UGAUAAAUCAACAGCCUGCGAUCUUACAAUCAAAGCAAAACAAUUUUCAUCUUUUUUCACGCCAGAAGUGCUAGUUUUAUAAAUUGCUAAGUUUCAAAUCCACAAUGCAGACAAACAAUGGCUUUUUCAAAAGUUUCAUACCCGUUAAGAUCUAUCAAUCGGCCAGUUCGCUAUAUAUGACCUGCAUAUCGAAAAUGCCACGAAAUGCCAUUAAGCCGGAAUGCGAUCAGAGUUUGGUGAUUGAACAGGCGCUGGUUUCCGCCGUGGAUUCCACUCUGCGUCCUUUGGACUAUGAGAGAAGGCAGCGGGAGGCACGUGAGAUACUGAUCAAAUCGCAGGAGAAUCUGCUCCAGCACAUGGACCCCAUGGAUGCAGAUAGCCACCUGACGGAUGACGAGGAAGACGCGCAGUGCCGGCAGCCAGUGCGUCUCAAGUCGAAGAUACUGCUAAUCGAGUACCAAAAACGCUACGAAGCGCCGCCACAAACUGAACUGGAGGACUUGGUGCCCAUCAAGGCGAUUGCUCAGUGUUCUUGGCUUGUACUGCGACUCUUGAUCGUGGCUUGUAGCGUAUUUGUGCUGAUCCAGUGCGGCCAUCAUGACUAUUUCCUAUGACCGAUCAGCAGAUAUAUGAAUCGAAUUGUGGCGAAUGCGGUGGCCAAAACAAAACGUCGAAUCAAGUAAAUCAUAUAAAGACCGGGAAAAAUUGAGGAAAUGCCGCUUAUGUAAAGUAGAAUAUCCGCUGGCAGGCGAACGGAAGGCGAGGUGCGAAAACAAUAAAAAGCGGACGGAAGUGGACAGGGACGGAAACCGAACUACAACGACGACGGCUCUUUUCCACAUAAUAGAUACAUAGAUACGUACAUAUAUAUAUAUUGUAAUCCAUAGACCAAUAGAUAGACAAACGGCUACUGGGCAUUUCGAGUCUUCUGUCUGUUGCCAAUUUGUCGAAAUGCUUUUUCCGCUUUUCCGGCCCGGCGCCGUAAUUGAAUUUCGUUUCGUAAAGGAAAUGACUUAACCAAAAAAAAACGAAAUAAGAAAUCUCUUUUAUUUACGCCAUCUUCAAGUGGCUCAGGAAGCUCCAUAGGAUGGGUUUUCAAUUGCACAACAACAGCAGCGAAUGGAAACGAGCUCCAGAACGCCAGAACUUCAGAACUCCAGAGCAAUGUUAUAUUUUUUAAUUAGUUCAUUGCCUGCACUGGCGCGAUAUUUCCCACGAAACUUCAUCUGUUCCAUGGGGUAAACAAAUGAAGUGAAUCAACAGAAAAAAUGAGGGAAAAAAAAACAAGCUGAAAAUACAGAAUUAUGGAAAGAGUUUUUCGAAGCCACACA